AUGGACGCCCUCUGCUCUAUGUUCACUCACGCACUUAGAUCCAAGGUGUUGAUUGGGGUGCCUUUAGCGGACUUCGGGCGUAAAUGUAACCUGUACUAUGCAGACGAUUUGCUUGUCUUGUCUUUGGGUGGCCUUGAAGAUUUGAGGAUUAUUAAGCUGAUGUUAUACAUUUUUGAAGGGAUGACCGGGUUAGCGAUGAAUUUCUCCAAAACUUGUCUUUAUGCUUCUGGCCGUGACUCUCUUCCAGAUCCAGUUGCAGCUAACACCCUCAGUUGCGCUAGGGGGAUCCUCCCGGUCACCUAUUUGGGUAUCCCAAUUUCUGGUAGAAGGCCUCGUAGACAGGACUGGGAGGUGAUCAUAACUAAGAUCAGCAGACGACUAGCCUCGUGGAAAGUGAGAUUCUUGUCGCUUGGUGGACGACUUACUUUGGUUAACUCUGUCCUUUCGGCUAUUCCUACAUAUUGGAUGCCCCUUUUUAAGGUACUCUGUUGGGUCAUUAAAAAGAUAAAUAGGAUUCGUAGAGAUUUCUUGUGGUCUGGGACGGAUAUUGACCAUCCUAAAUGUAGACUGGUUGGGUGGAAGACUCUUUGCCGCCCUCGUGAAUUUGGGGGUUGGGGUAUAUUAGAUUUACAAUGUUUCAAUCAAGCUUUGUUGGGCAAAUGGUGGUGGAAGUUCAUGUCUGAUGCGUCCUGGGGUGCGGCGAAUGUUAUUUUGUUUAACUAUGGCAUUCAGCGUUGGAAUAUGUUCCCCCGGCUUUCUGGGAGGGUAUCCUUUUUCUAG